CUUUUCAAUCCUAUUCAGUUUAACACUUUUAUUCAACCUUAGUUGUUCCAAGAUCCGCCUUGCAGAAAAUGAAACUAGUUUUGCUUUUGAUUGUAAUUGUCGGUGCCGCGAUAGCCCAGCAAUUAUCAUUAGGGGAUUGGAUCCACUUAGAAGUUGAAACCAUUAUGGCCAUUAACCCUAACCUGACCAUAGCUGAGUGCACCACGAUGUGUGACGAUCUUUUCCGCCUCCAAAAUAUCGCCGACGAGACUGUAACUGACAAUUUGUGUCACCAUGCUUGCGAGUGCGAAAUUGACAACAACUGUGAUGACCACACCCACCCUCCACAUCCCACAAAUGAGCCUGUUCAAACAUCACGCCCUUGAGGAAAAUGAUGUACCAACACCGUUGAUCGGUACAAUAAAAUAAAAAAAAAACCCCUGCAAAACUGGUUUUGUU